AUGAAAACGUUAACUUUAUAUUUAAAAAUUAGUACAUUCCUUCUUUUUAUUUGGAUAUAUCAAUGUUUUUAUAACUGUGAUUCCUAUAAAACUUUGGUUGAUAAAAAUAUAUUGCAAACAAAAAAUGAGUUGAAAUAUGAAAGAGUAUUAACAGAGGGUGACAUAGCAGAAAAAAAGAAAACUAACACUGAAGGAUGUCUACAAGAAUGUCCAUUAGAUAAUAAAAAAAACAAAUGUAAGGAACCGGAUCUAUACAAUGAUCCAUGCAAUUAUUUGUGUGAGGUCAUAGUUCCACAAUUUUUGGAACGAUUUAAUAAUGAAAUAAGUGAAAAGGACCCUAAAUCGAAAAGCCUAAAAUGGAAUGAUUAUUGGAAUAAAAUUUUAACUACGAAAGUUAAAGAACUGUUCUCAAUAUAUCAUCGACGUAAUAUUCCAGAUGAAGAAAUAAACAAAAAAAUUGAUAGUAUUAUGAGAGAAGUUAACUCAGAAUUUGAGAAAUUUUUAUGCGAAUGUAAAAAUCAGAUGACAGACAAUAAAACAGAAUCUGAAUAUAAGAAGGAGAUGAGAAAAAAUAAAACAGAAUCCGAAUCUAAGAGAAAGAUGAUAGAUCAUAAAGCAGAAUCCGAAUCGAAAAAAGAGUUGAUAGACGAUAAAACAGAAUCCCAAAAUAUGAAGGAGUUGAUAGAAAAUAAAACAGAAUUUGAAUGUAGGAAUAAGAUGAUAGAAAAUAAAACAGAAUUUGAAUGUAGGAAUGAGAUGAUAGACAAUAAAACAGAAUCUGAAUCUAUGAAAGAGAUGAUAGACAAUAAAGCAGAAUCCGAAUCUUGGAAAGAGCAGGAAUCAAAUGAAAUAAAUAAUUGUAAAUUAAAAAUUUUUAAAUUACAUAUUGUUUUGAUAAUCUUAAGCAGAAUAUAA